AUGGCCACAUGGAAAGAAAGAUGCUUCCUAUGUAAGGACACACAUGUAUCAUGGCCAGGGUUUUCUCCAAGACCUUACCAUAAACUGGCCAUUGAAAGACCACCACACACAGAUGCCAAAAUCAAAGUUUGCCAGAAAAUGCGUUGCUCAGUUGAAGAGGGUGAUCAUUGGCAUGUCUGGGGAUACCAUACAUGGCUGGAUAUAGGAAGGCUGCCACCAAUCUUUCGUCCAAGACCUGACAAGCCUUUUGACAGCAAUACAUGGCGAUGGAUUACCUGUCCCAGAAAAAAUUCAAUGGCUGAACCACCAGUCCCACCUCCCUCAUACCUGGGUGGCAACACUUACAUUAAGCUUAUUGAAGGGGAAGGACUGUUUAUGGAUCAGAGACAUAAACAAAGAGUUUUGAUGCAAACACAGAAAGAAAUGAACAAGUGUGAACAACUCAAACUGCGAAGUGAGUGCCGAGUUCCUCCUUUAGACAUGCAGGGAAAUAUUAUGCCUCCUCGUAAGUUCAAAAGAUAUAAGAAUUUUUCAGAGAAAAGGCCAGCAUCACUUUCUGCCCAGUUGCAGCCAGUCACACCUCCCUCUAGAGGCUGUUGGGAUUGCCCUUGUCCAAGUCUCCAACCCCAUUACCAGGAGGCAGCAAUCAAGUUUGCCCUGAAGAACAUCAGCCCAAUCUACCAGGAGGUAGUGGAAAAAUAUCAGGAACUGGCUCUUUCUGGGAGCAAAAUAAGACCUUCUACCCCAGUCAGCUAA